UCGUUUGCAGAUUUUAAAAUCAUAAAUCUAUAUGGAGGACCGUGAGACCCAGUGUGGCCUAGGGGCUUGGAGACCUAAGUUUCUUCAACCUCUGGCCUCCAAGAAGGUUUAUAUAUUCUUGUAUGGUGCACUGGGAAUCGUGAAGAGCAUGCAGUACAGUUACAUUUCUUCCAGUCUUGCAACUCUUGAGAGAAAAUUUGGAAUCAAAUCAAAAGAAACCGCGUAUCUUAUGUCAGGAAAUGAGUUGGCACAGAUACUGUUCCUUUUUGCUAUGCCCCUCACAGUCAAGGCUACAAAGAGGCCUAUGUGGUGUGGAAUAGGGCUUGGCAUCUCUGCAAUAGGUCUUUAUAUGAUGGCACUACCACACUUUAUAACAGGAUACAAUGAUAUUGCCACUGAGAGUGUUAUAGCUUCAGAUUUGGUCAAAGAUUCAGAUUUGUGCGGAUCUGAUGUUCAUUACAACUCUCUAGAAGGUGUAUGUAAUGCAGAUGGAUCUAGAAAUAUUGACUGGCUUGGUUUGAUGUUUGUUUUCUUUGGAAUUGGUCUGACGGGAAUUGGGAACUCUCUUUUCUACAGUUUUGGGAUUGUUUAUUUGGAUGAUAAUUCAGGAAAAGAAAACUCACCCUUCAUGUUGGGACUUACAUUUACAUUUAGAUUAGUUGGACCAACCCUGGGUUAUAUGCUGGGUGCCAAGUGUUUGAACACGUAUGUUUACCCUGGAGUGGAUCCAGGGUUCGGUGAGGGAGAUCCUAGAUGGUUAGGAGCUUGGUGGAUCGGAUUCCCAAUUAUUGGAACUCUGCUUCUCAUUUUCUCAGCUCCACUGGUUCUCUUUCCACAACGAUUACCUAAAGCCGACUCAGACGCAAGCAAGGAAUCAGCAGAAAUGAAGACCUUGACAAAGCAGGAAUCUGCGGCGAGAACAAACUUCAAAGCUGCGUUAAUACGUCUUCUCACCAACAAGCUGUUUAUGUGGAACUUUUUCUCAUCCAUCUUUGUUGUUUUUGCGUUCAUGGGAUUCGGAACAUUUAUGCCAAAAUAUAUUGAGUUUCAAUUCAGGCAAACUGGAUCCAGAUCUUCUGUAUACGCUGGAACAAUAGGAACUGGAGCUAAAGCUUUUGGUCUAAUUUUUUCCGGAUACCUCAUCGGGAAAUUCAAAUUUUCUGCCAGAACAUUGUCAGGCUGGAAUGUGUUCCUGGGAGUUUGUUACAUAAUUGUUCUAAUAUUCUUCUCUAUGGUUGGAUGUCCGACCUCCCGCAUGUACGGUGAUAUGUCCGUAUCAGGAGAAUAUGAUAUAAACGUCAGUUGUAAUAAAGAGUGUGGUUGUCCCGUCACAAGACCUCAACCUAUUUGUUCAAAAGAUGGAGUUACCAACUUUUAUUCUCCCUGUUAUGCUGGAUGCACAGAGCUUCUAAGUCUUGAUGGAAAAAAGAAACAGUACGGAAAUUGUUUGUGUGUAUCUGAGGCUAGAUCUACCUUCAAUACAUCUCUUUCUAAAGAAUGGAUUGAGAAGGAUAUCCUCAAAUCUGUAUCUCAUGCUCCACUCGUUCUUAUUGAAGAAACACACAGGAGUUAUGCUUCAGAACCUGUAUCUGAAGCAGUAUCUGGAUGGUGUAAGGUGGAAGGUUGUGAGGAGAAAUUUUAUCAAUUUAUGAUUGCAGUAUUUGUUUUGUCCAUUGUUGCCUCGACUGGUAGAGUAGGAAACCUUCUGGUAGCUUUAAGAUGUAUAGAAGUCAGAGAUAAAGCACUUUCUAUGGCAUUCCAGGUCGUCUUCAUGUCACUACUGGCGAUGCUGCCUUCUCCGAUUGUGUACGGGGCAAUAAUCGACCAAUCUUGUAUUCUUUGGCAGGAGGAAUGUGGUGACACUACUAACUGUCUCUUGUAUGACACUGAUUCUCUAAGAAAAGUCUUGAUGCUUACAACUGCAGCAAUCUCAUCCCUCGGAGUACUGUGUGAUGUUGCUGUGUGGUAUUAUUCCAAGGAUUUGAAAAUUUUCUAUUCCGAAAUUCCUGCAAUCAGCGUAACCCCGCCCAUCAACAAUGCGAUGAAAACCAAUAAUCUAGUUGCCUACGCAUCAACUGCCUCCCUGGCCAAAGAAGGAGUUUUUAGACAAUAAUAUUAAUAUUAUUAUUAUAUAUGUAAUUAGUUGAACACAUUUAACUUAUUAUAUAUUUUGUGUGAGUCAUCUUCUGAUCUUAAAAAUAGAAACAAAAUCUAGGUCACAAUUAUUUAAAACAUUUGUAACACACAUCUACUUUUAUGUUAAGAGAAAUUAUAAUCUU